CAGUUUCACGCUCCCCGCUGGGAAAACUGGGGCACACUCGGGGGCGCCGUUGGAGUCGUUGGACUGUCCAACCCGACAGGUUAUGAACGCAGCCAUGAACGGUGCCGUCGUGUUUGUUUUCGUUUUCGCGAUUACGGGACGAUAAUUCGCACCUUCCCAUGUUUCGAAUCGCCGCGGUUGCGUCACCAUGAUCUCCGCAGCCCCAUUUGUUACGCUGUUCCUCUUCCUGCUAAACGCCCAGGCGGGCCCUGUGCCGGAUGCUCCGAAACUCCUGGUCGUCUCCUACGAUGCGUUCAGAUACGACUACUUCGAGAGAAAGAUGACACCGUUCAUGACCCAGCUGAAAGCUGAGGGCACUCACACGGAUUACAUGAUGAACAUUUUCGUCACCAAGACCUUCCCCAAUCAUCACACGAUGGCGACGGGGUUUUACGCGGAAACACAUGGGGUUGUAGAUAACGAAUUUUUUGAUCCUAGCAAAAAUAAUAUUACUAAGUAUUCGUACGAGCUGUAUCAUUACAACAACAAUAUCCUACCUAUUUGGACGGUUAAUGAAAAGAAUGGCAGACGUAGCGGCACGAUGAUGUGGCCGGGCUCGGUGUUCGAGUAUCAAGGAACGAGACCUACCUUCGCACAACCGUUUAACGACACGAUUCCGUGGGAGAAGCGGAUUGAUGAAUUACUGUCGUGGUUCGUACAUCCCACAAACCCAAUAAACUUGGGGAUAUUGUACAUCGAGGAUCCGGAUUACCACGGUCAUGCCAUAGGAAUAAACGGCGUCGAGUUUAAUGAGAUUCUCCAAAAAUUGGAUAAUAUUACCAAAUACAUGCACAACAAGAUUGACCAUUAUGGCUUGGCGGAUGAUCUCAAUGUGAUUCACUUGAGUGAUCACGGCAUGGCAUCGGUUACGAUGGAAAGAAUAAUAAACUUAACGACUUACAUCAAUGCUAGUGAUUAUAUAUUUGUAGGAACGUCUCCAGGAUUGCAUAUUUAUCCACAUCCUGGGAAAGAAGAAAUUAUUUAUCAGAAACUGAAGUCUGCCGCAGAACAGACGAAAACGUUCAAAGUAUACAGAAGAGAAGACAUCCCGAAGAAGUAUCAUUAUGGCAAUAAUACUCGCAUAGGACCCAUUUUUGUCAUAGCUGAAGUCGGAUACGCAUUUCAGAACCUCUUAGACGUUAUAGAAUAUUACAAACAGAAAUUUAAUAUCACAGUUACCAAUCAGACAGAAUUUGGGCUGCAUGGUUAUGAUAAUGAAGCUAAAGAGAUGCAUCCAUUUUUCUUUGCGAAUGGACCUGCUUUUAAGCCAAAAUGUAAAUUAGAGCCUUUUAACAAUACGGACUUAUUUCCCUUGUUUUGUGAAAUACUUAAUUUGAAGUGCCCCAUGGUUAAUGGCACUUUAUCUCACAUAACAAAGUGCCUUAGAACACGAUCGAAAAAUGUAUCAAUAUCUACGUAUAAAAUGCUGAUUGCAGUUAUUCUAACCACUACAUUGAUAGGAAUGUCGAUAGUGGCUACAAUAAUUUAUAGGAAAAAACGAAGAUUAGCAUAUAAUCAUAGGGAAUCAUAUUAUACAUUGGGCGAAUAAAACGCUACAGUUUUUUAAUAAACAUGACAUUAUUUACACUUUUGUUGGGUUUUAGCUAGUGAAUUAAUGUAAUAUAUAUUAUAUACAUAUGAGACAGGGAUAUACAUAUUAUACGAAAGAGAUAUAAAUUAUUAUGUUUUCAACAAUGAAUAGUACAAAUGUAACUUUUUUUUUAUCUCCUUGGAUCUCUUCCAUUCUUUGUAAGAAGGCAUGUUUAUUAGAUAUAAAUUAGGCAAGAUUAUUUAGCGUUAGACUGAUUCUCGGACACUUUAAAGUGCUAAGAAUUUGUUAAUUUGAUAAAAUAAUGACAUGAUAUUAGUAAAUUUGAAACAGUAUUUCUCAUUGGUACUUAUAAUAUAACUUAAUAAACUAUGUAAUACUUUUUGUGAUCUUAUUACAAAUGUACAUAUUUCCGAGUGAAUUAUACAAUUAUUAACUCCACUUUUAUUUUAGAAGAGUACUGGAUGAAUCUCAAUUUUGGGAUGAAAGUUUAACUCCUCACUUAUGAAAAAAAUCUUCCUAUCAAAUAAACACAUAAUUUUAAAAAGAAAA